CCCACCUUGACUUACCUUGCCCUCAGAGCAGCAUCCAUCCAAGACAACCUUAAUCAUCAUCUGGACCUGGACCUCCGAAAUCCAUUGCAUCCCAUCCCAUCCCAUCCUGCUGCAGCUGCGGCAAAUCUAGCAAAUCCCACAAUUCGCUUCUCGUUCAUCUGCGGCUCGGCCCUGACCUGGUCCCGGAUAGGAUCUUGGUCCUCAAAUACCAUUCAACAGAGUCCCCGACAUGCCUCCCAGAAUUCUGGCCUGCGUGCUAUGCCAGCAGAGGAAGGUACGCUGUGACAGGAAGAGUCCUUGUGCAAACUGUAUUAAGGCCCAGGUUGAAUGUAUACCUUCAACCCUGCAACCUCGUCGUCGACGAAGGCAAUUCCCUGAGAGCGAUCUUCUCGAGAGAUUGAGACGAUAUGAAGAUCUACUGCGCCAAAAAGGCGUCGAGGUGGAGCCCUUAACCCAUCCACGACUGGGUGUGAACUCGGCUCAGUCACCUCACGAUGCACAUGAUGCAUCGGACUCUGAGGGUGAUGAUGAGAAAGUCCGUAAGACAAGCAGUGUAGGUCUCGACAAGCCAUCUCCUGGUGAAACAGAAGCAUCGCAGGAAUGGCCAGGAGGUAGAAAGACAUUCUGGCGUGCAAUUAAUCGAGAGUUUCGAGCGACUAGGGAUUCUGAGUAUGACUCGGAUGAGUUUGAAGAAGCCACCAUUGAGAAAUCAUGGGAUCAGAUGUAUGACAAUAAUGACCACAUCCUAUUCGGGUCUGGGAUGGAGCCAAAGAACCUCACGUUAUUGCAUCCGGACCCUGUACACAUCUUCCGAUUAUGGCACGUGUACCUGGACAAUGUGAACCCUCUUCUCAAGAUCACGCACAGUCCAACAGUCCAACAGCAGAUCAUCGAGGCUAGUAGCAAUCUCAGCGAAAUCGACCCUGCUCUAGAGGCUAUGAUGUUUGGAAUCUACUCCACAGCCAUUUUGUCAAUGGCAGAUGAUGAUUGCUUCAACAUCUUCGGUCAAGACAGAGAAACGUUAAUUCUGAGAUACCGGAAUGGAUGUCAACAGGCUCUUAUCAACGUCAGUUUCUUGCGUACUACUAAUCUAAGAGUUUUGGGUGCACUUUUCUUAUAUCUGCUUUCUAUUCGUCAAAAUAUCGAUCCUAGAUCUCUUUCGGCAAUGCUUGGUAUGGCUGCUCGUAUUGCUCAAAGAAUGGGCCUUCAUUCCGAAGCACACAACAAAGAACAUCCACCCUUCGAAGCAGAAAUGCGUCGAAGGUUAUGGUGGCAGAUAGUUCUCUUGGACGGCAGAAUUGGCGAGAUGGCAGGUAGCAAGGAUUCAACCAUGAAUCCAGCAUGGGAUUGCAGUCUUCCCCUGAAUGUCAAUGAUAGCGAUCUCUACCCCCACAUCAAAGAGCCUCCCGCCCCUCGAGAUGGAGCAACAGAAUGUCUUUUCAUUAUGCUCCGCUGCGAGAUCGCAGACUGGAUCCGUCACGCUCCCUUCUAUCUCGACUUCUGCUCCCCAUUCCUCAAGCCCCUCGCACGGCAACCCGGACCCGGACAACCCAAAACCCUAGACGAAGUAGAAGAAAUGAUCGAAGCAAAAUACCUCAAGCACUGCGAUCUCCAGAUCCCCCUCCACUUCGGCUCCUCCUGCCUGUCCCGCUCCUUUGUCGGAAAAUGGCGCCUGGGAGAAUGUAUAGCUCAACACCACAAUCCCGAAACGGGCAUCCAGCAACCGCACCGCAACAAGAUGACCGACAACGCCAUCCGCAUGAUCGAGCUCGAUACCUUGGUCCGAACCUGUCCUCUGACCAAAGGCUUCAUCUGGUUCGCAGACUACCACUUCCCGUUCCCGGCCUACGUCGCGCUCGUGCAAGAACUUCGUCGCUCGACCAUCGGUCCCCUCGUUGAUCGCGCAUGGGAAGCCAUCAGGAUUAAUUUCGACGAGCGGAAAUUAGCAACUCUAUCCAUACGCUCGGUCCUCUUCAGACACAUGUUCGGGCUCUUAAUCAAAGCAUGGGAAGCGCGGGAAGCUGCUCUCGAAAGCGUAGAUGGUCAACCGCUUCAUCUGACUGAACCGCAAUUCAUCACAGAUAUCAGAGCUAAAACGGGCAAGGAGAAGAGAGUCGACGAAGCGCUGCAGGGACUGAGUCUCACGACGCCGCCGCCGCUGUCGUUUGUGCAGACGCCGGAGAUGGGGAUGGAUGUCAAUUCGGACUUCUUUAUGGGGGGCGGGCAGGCGUUCGAUGCGUUGGCGAUGGGGGGUGUGGAGCCGAUGGGGAUGUGGAAUAUGGAUUUUAAUAUGAUGGGGGAGUUUGAUGGGGGGUUUGGGAAUAAUUUGUUUCCUGGGAUGCAGGAUUUGGGGACGGGGGCUUUGGGGAGUUGGUGAGUAUCUCUUGGCUCAAUUUUUAUUCUUGUCAUCGGGAUAGACUUGUCGUGGGAAAUGGCAGGGCCUGGGAAUGGGUAAAUAGCCACGGAUGGAUUGAUUUAUACCCUCGAUUAUCUAUUCUCUGCUCAAUAGCAUACAAACGUUUCAACUCCGC